AUGUUUCGUCUCGCACUGUCUAUUCUUAUCCAGAUCCCACACGCAUCCCACCUGACCAGCAGCGCCUUACCUUCGCUGGAAAGCAGCUUGAAGAUGGCCGUACUCUCAGCGACUACAACAUCCAGAAGGAGUCUACCCUUCGCUCAGUCUUGCGUCUCCGUGGAGGCAUGCAGAUCUUCCCCCCUCAGCGACUACAACAUCCAGAAGGAGUCUACCUUCACUCAGUCUUGCGUCUCCGCGGAGGCAUGCAGAUAUUCCUCCCCCAUCGCGCAUCUGCCUCUCAACACAUACCCAGCCCCCAUCGCACAUCUGCCCUCUCAACACAUACCCAGCCCCCAUCGCGCAUCUGCCCUCUCAACGCAUACCCAGCCCCCAUCGCGCAUCCGCCCCCCAAACGCAUACCUGCCCCCAGCGCACAUCUGCCCCCUAGCCCAUACCCAGCCCCAGCCCCCAGCGCAAAUCUGCCCCAUCGCACAUCCGCCCCCCAAACGCAUACCUAGCCCAGCGCAAAUCUGCCCCCCACAUAUCCCUCCCAACGCUUAUCCUCUCCUUCCCCCCCGCUCUUCCCCUCAGCACUUAUUUUGUUCCAUCCGGCGCUCCCUACCUACGGCUGAUUUCAUUGGGGCGGGGCCUUAG